AUGGCCCCCCGUUUGCGGCAGAGCGGCAACGACACCGACGCGUCAAUGCCCGACGCGCCGGAACAAGUGCAACCAGUACAGGCCGCAGACGACAUGGAGGUCGACGAGACACCCGACUACACCGAUUCCGACACAAACCCUAACACCACCGCCAGCAGUGUCAUUGGGGAACCAGUUCAAGAUGGCCGCAAGAAGCGCUCAGAAGCCAACCAGCUACGUAGGAGUAUCUUUGGCAAAAAGCACGAUCGGCUUGGCGAGUCAAAAGAAGAUGAUACCCUUCGUCGAUUCCGAUACCUGCUCGGCCUCACAGACCUGUUUCGCCACUUCAUCGAGACGAACCCGAACCCCAAGAUUCGCGAGAUUAUGGCCGAGAUCGACCACCAAAAUGAGGAAGAAGCAAAGUCGAAGAAAGGCGGCGGUCGUCAAGGCGGAGCUACUAGCGAGAGGCGCCGCCGGACCGAAGCUGAGGAAGAUGCGGAGUUGCUCAAGGACGAGAAGCACGGCGGGUCUGCCGAAACGGUUUUCCGCGAGUCCCCUGGCUUCAUCCAGGGUACAAUGAGGGACUACCAAGUUGCCGGCUUGAACUGGCUGAUCUCGCUCCACGAAAACGGUAUCUCGGGUAUUCUCGCCGACGAAAUGGGUCUCGGCAAGACGUUACAGACUAUCUCUUUCCUUGGUUACCUCCGGCAUAUUAUGGGCAUCACCGGCCCUCAUCUCGUCAUUGUUCCCAAAUCCACCCUCGACAACUGGAAGCGGGAGUUUGCGAGGUGGACGCCGGAAGUCAAUGUGCUCGUUCUGCAGGGUGCCAAGGAGGAGCGUCAACAGCUCAUCAACGAUCGGCUUGUGGAUGAGAAUUUCGACGUUUGCAUCACCAGUUACGAGAUGAUUCUCCGCGAAAAGGCCCAUCUCAAGAAGUUUGCUUGGGAGUACAUCAUCAUCGACGAGGCCCACCGCAUCAAGAACGAGGAGUCGUCAUUAGCCCAAGUGAUUCGCAUGUUCAACUCGAGAAACCGCCUUCUCAUUACUGGCACGCCUCUCCAGAACAACUUGCAUGAACUUUGGGCUCUUCUCAAUUUCUUGCUCCCUGAUGUAUUCGGAGACUCGGAAGCCUUUGAUCAGUGGUUUUCGGGUCAAGAUCGGGAUCAGGACACCGUCGUCCAGCAGCUGCACCGCGUGCUACGACCCUUCCUGCUCCGUCGUGUCAAGAGCGAUGUGGAGAAGAGUCUGCUGCCCAAGAAGGAAGUCAACGUCUACAUUGGCAUGUCGGAGAUGCAGGUCAAGUGGUAUCAGAAGAUUCUCGAGAAGGAUAUCGAUGCGGUCAACGGUGCGGGCGGCAAGCGGGAAUCCAAGACGAGACUUCUCAACAUUGUGAUGCAGCUCCGGAAAUGUUGCAACCACCCAUAUCUGUUCGAGGGUGCCGAGCCCGGCCCGCCCUACACUACCGACGAACACCUCGUGCAUAACGCCGGCAAAAUGAUGGUCUUGGACAAACUGCUGAAGAGAAUGCAGAGUCAAGAUAGCCGUGUCCUCAUCUUCUCCCAGAUGAGCCGUUUGUUGGAUAUUUUGGAAGAUUACUGCGUGUUCAGGGGGUACAAGUACUGCCGCAUUGACGGUAGCACAGCGCACGAGGACCGUAUCGCCGCCAUCGACGAGUACAACAAGCCAGGGUCCGAGAAGUUUAUCUUCCUGCUUACGACGCGAGCCGGUGGUCUGGGCAUCAACCUGACAACCGCCGAUAUCGUUGUCCUUUACGACAGCGAUUGGAACCCGCAGGCGGAUCUCCAGGCCAUGGACCGCGCCCAUCGUAUUGGUCAAACCAAGCAGGUGGUCGUGUAUCGUUUUGUCACAGAUAACGCUAUCGAAGAAAAAGUCCUGGAGCGUGCAGCACAAAAGCUCCGCCUCGACCAACUUGUCAUUCAGCAAGGCCGUGCCCAGGCUGCGGCCAAGGCUGCGGCAAACAAGGACGAACUGUUGUCUAUGAUCCAGCACGGCGCGGAGAAGGUGUUCCAGACCAAGGGUGCGUUCGGCGAUCUGGGUGAAAAGGGCAACAACCUCAAUGACGACGACAUCGAUGCUAUUCUCCAGGCGGGUGAGUCACGCACUAAGGAACUCAACGCCAGAUAUGAGAAGCUUGGUAUCGAUGACCUCCAAAAGUUCACUUCGGAGUCCGCCUACGAAUGGAACGGAGAGGAUUUCGCCGCCCGCAAGAAGGAUAUCGGCGUCAACUGGAUCAAUCCCGCCAAGCGUGAGCGCAAGGAGCAGUUUUACUCGAUAGAUAAGUACUAUAAGCAAGCCCUGCACACUGGAGGCAGGACAGCCGACGCAAAGCCCAAGGCGCCCCGUGCGCCAAAGCAAGUCCCUGUUCACGACUACCAGUUCUACCCGCCACGGCUACGGGACCUCCAGGAUAGGGAGACGGCGUUCUACCGCAAGGAGAUUGGGUACAAGGUUCCUCUCCCAGAUGGUGAUGACGACAACCUGUCGGAACGCGAGGCCGAGAGGGCGCUUGACCAGCAAGAGAUCGACAACGCCACCGCGCUGACGGAGGAAGAACAGGAGGAGAAGCAGACACUGGCUCAGCAAGGGUUCGGCGACUGGAACCGACGCGACUUCCAGCAGUUCGUCAACGGCUCCGGACGCUACGGGCGCCAGGACUAUGACGGGAUCGCCCUGGAGGUUGACAGCAAGACCGCGCAAGAGAUCAAGGCGUAUGCCAAGGUCUUUUGGCAGCGCUACACCGAGAUUUCGGACUACACCAAGUACCUCAAGGUCAUCGAGGAUGGCGAAGAGCGGAUGCGCAAGAUUGAGCACCAACGCAAGAUGCUGCGCAAGAAGAUGGGCCAGUACCGCGUGCCGCUGCAGCAGCUUAAGAUCAGCUACUCGGUCUCGACGACGAACAAAAAGGUGUACACCGAAGAGGAGGACCGCUUCCUACUCGUGCUGCUGGACAAGUAUGGCGUCGACUCCGAGGGCAUCUACGAGCGGAUCCGCGACGAGAUCCGCGAGAGCCCGCUCUUCCGGUUCGACUGGUUCUUUUUGAGCCGCACGCCUACUGAGCUCGGCCGCCGCUGCAAUACCUUGCUCACUACUGUUGUGAAGGAAUUCGAGGACGUCGGCACGGCCAAGUCCAACGGCGUCAACGGCAAGUUCAAGCGCGAGCUGGAUGACGAGGAGAAUGAUGAGGAUAGUAUCCUCGGUUUGGCCCCGGCCAAGAAGAAGAACAAGGCCAACGGUGUUAAGAACAAAGCACUCGACAACGUCAAAUCCACCACAGGCAGCAAAGCCAACUCAACCUCGCCGUCGCGCGCGUCAAGCGUUGGGUCUACUAACUCUGCCGCACCUGCUAAAGGCAAGGCGAAAGGCAAGAAGAAAUAA